GCGGCCGCGGGCCGGCCUGUGCCUGCUGGCCGCGGGAGAGAGGACGCACCUGCUCCGGGGCCUCCCAGAACUUGCGAGAGGCCUUGAACAUGAGCCCCACACAGUGGGACUUCCCUGUGGAACUAUGUUGCCGGCCAAUGGCGUUCGUCACCCUCACGGGCCUGGAUGUGGUUUACAACGCUGUCCAUCGGGCUGUCUGGGAUGCCUUCUGUGCCAAUCGGAGGGCUGAUCGGGUGCCAAUUUCUUUCAAGGUGCUCCCCGGUGACCAUGAGUAUCCCAAAUGUAGACCCAAGCGAGCGUCGUAUGAGUGGUACAUCCCUAAAGGCAUCCUGAAGACCGGCUGGAUGAAUAAGCACCUGAACCUGGUGCCAGCCUUGGUGGUUGUGUUCUAUGAACUCGACUGGGAUGAGCCUCAGUGGAAGGAGAAGCAGUCCGAGUGCGCGACCAGAGUGGAGAUCGUCAGGCAAAGUUUGCAGGGGAGAAACACAAAAGUUGCAGUGGUUUUGAUUCAGAAGAAAACCCCUCUGCCCCCAGGGGAGGAUGUCAUUGCUUCCGAGAGGGCUGCCGCUCUGUGUAACGCCUGUGAACUCUCGGGGAAGUCCCUGUUCGUGCUGCCCCACACCGACCACCUGGUGGGUUAUAUUAUAAGAUUAGAAAAUGCCUUUUAUGAGCAUGCACAGACUUAUUACUACAAUGAGAUCAGAAGAGUGAAAUCUCAUAAAGAAUUUUUGAACAAAACAACACACCAGCUUUUAUUUGUUAGACAUCAGUUCAAAAUAGCUUUCUUCAGUGAGUUGAAACAAGAUACACAAAAUGCUCUGAAGAAUUAUAGGGUCGCUUACACUCUUGUACAUGAAUUAAGAGCCCAUGAAACAAAUAUUCUGGAAAUCAAGACUAUGGCAGGAUUUAUAAACUACAAGAUCUGUCGGCUGUGUUUUCAGCACAAUACCCCACUGGAUGCAAUUGCUCAGUUUCGAAAACACAUCGACCUAUGUAAGAAAAAAAUUGGAAGUGCAGAGCUGGCUUUCGAGCAUGCUGCAUGGAUGUCUAAACAAUUCCAGGCCUUUGGCGAUUUGUUUGACGAAGCUAUUAAGUUAGGGUUGACAGCUAUACAGACUCAGAACCCUGGUUUCUAUUACCAGCAGGCAGCAUACUACGCCCAGGAGCGGAAACAGCUCGCGAAGACCCUCUGUAGCCAUGAAGCAUCUGUAACGUAUCCCAGUCCUGAUCCCUUAGAAACACAAACAGGCGUUCUUGACUUUUAUGGACAAAGGUCAUGGCGGCAAGGAAUACUAAGUUUCGAUCUUUCCGAUCCUGAGAAGGAGAAGGUAGGGAUUCUCGCCAUCCAGCUGAAGGAGAGAAGUGUUGUUCACUCUGAAAUAAUAAUAACUCUUCUGAGCAAUGCUGUUGCACAAUUUAAGAAGUAUAAGUGUCCAAGAAUGAAAAGUCAUCUAAUGGUUCAGAUGGGCGAGGAGUAUUAUUAUGCAAAGGAUUAUACCAAAGCUUUGAAGUUGCUGGACUAUGUGAUGUGUGAUUAUCGCAGCGAAGGCUGGUGGACGCUGCUCACGUCCAUACUGACCACAGCUCUGCAGUGCUCCUACCUCAUGGCCCAGCUGAAAGAUUACAUCACUUACUCCCUGGAACUCCUCGGAAGAGCUUCAACUCUGAAAGAUGAUCAGAAAUCUCGGAUUGAAAAGAACCUCAUAAAUGUUUUGAUGAAUGAAAGUCCUGAGCCUGAACCUGACUGUGAUGUCGCAGCUGUGAAAGCUGCUCAGAAGCUGUGGGCGGACCGCGUUUCCCUGGCUGGCAGCAACGUCUUCACCAUAGGCGUGCAGGACUUCGUGCCCUUCGUACAAUGCAAGGCCAAGUUCCACGCUCCAAGUUUUCAUGUUGAUGUUCCUGUGCAGUUUGACAUUUAUCUGAAGGCUGAUUGUCCACAUCCCAUUAGGUUUUCGAAACUCUGUGUCAGCUUUAAUAAUCAGGAAUACAACCAGUUCUGUGUCAUUGAAGAAGCAUCCAAAGCAAGUGAAGUUUUAGAAAAUCUGACUCAGGGAAAGAUGUGCUUAGUUCCUGGUAAAACAAGGAAGUAUUUAUUUAAGUUUGUUGCAAAAACUGAAGAUGUGGGGAAGAAAAUUGAGAUUACGUCAGUGGAUCUGGUUCUGGGCAACGAGACCGGAAGAUGCGUGGUUUUAAAUUGGCAGGGAGGAGGAGGCGAUGCCGCUUCCUCCCAAGAAGCCCUGCAGGCCUCGCGCUCAUUCAAAAGACGCCCCAAACUCCCUGACAGUGAGGUUCACUGGGACAGCAUCGUCAUCCAGGCCAGCACCAUGAUCAUCUCCAGAGUUCCAAACAUUUCUGUCCUCCUGCGGCACGAGCCUCCUGCGCUGACUAAUGAAAUGUACUGCCUGGUGGUGACCGUGCAGUCCCACGAAAAGGCCACGAUCAGAGACGUGAAGCUCACAGCAGGUCUGAAGCCAGGACAGGAUGCCAACCUAACUCAGAAAACUCACGUGACUCUCCAUGGGGCAGAGCUGUGCGACGAGUCCUACCCCGCCUUGCUCACCGACAUUCCCGUGGGGGACCUGCGCCCCGGGGAGCAGCUGGAGAAAAUGUUGUAUGUUCGCUGUGGAACAGUGGGUUCAAGAAUGUUUCUCGUGUAUGUUUCUUACCUGAUCAACACAACUGUUGAAGAAAAAGAAAUUGUUUGCAAGUGUCACAAGGAUGAAACGGUAACAAUAGAAACGGUCUUUCCAUUUGAUGUGGCAGUUAGAUUUGUUUCUACAAAGUUUGAACACCUGGAAAGAGCCUACGUAGACAUCCCCUUCCUGCUGAUGACGGACCUCUUGAGCGCCUCGCCCUGGGCCCUCACGGUGGUCUCCAGCGAGCUGCAGCUCGCUCCCUCCAUGACCGCAGUGGACCACCUGGAGUCCCAGCUGGACAGAGUUGUCUUGCAGACUGGAGAGAGUGCGAGCGAAUGCUUCUGUCUCCGGUGCCCGUCUGCUGGGAACAUUGAAGGCGGAGUAGCAACUGGGCAUUAUAUUGUCUCCUGGAAGAGGGCCUCGGCCGCGGACGACAUCCCCGCCAUCAGCACCGUCAUCACCCUGCCCCACGUGCUGGCUGAGAACAUCCCCCUCCACGUGAACGCAGAUCUGCCGUCAUUUGGGCGAGUCAGAGAAUCGCUGCCAGUCAGGUAUCACCUGCAGAAUAAGACGAACUUGGUUCAAGACGUGGAGAUUUCCGUGGAGCCCAGCGACGCCUUCAUGUUCUCGGGCCUCAAACAGAUCCGACUCCGUAUCCUGCCUGGCACCGAACAGGAGAUGUUGUACAAUUUCUACCCUCUGAUGGCGGGAUACCAGCAGCUACCAUCUCUCCACAUCAACCUGCUGCGGUUUCCCAACUUCACCCAUCAGCUCCUCCGGCGGUUUAUACCGACCAGCAUCUUCGUGAAGCCGCAGGGUCGACUCGUGGAUGACGCCUCCAUUGCCGCGGCCUGACACUCGGGCUGACCCUCUGCUGUCUGACGGAGAAGUGGACAGAGCUGUAUGCGUUUCCAUUGUGAACUGUAGCUUGGGUCAUGGUAAAAGUUAAUUUUUCUAUUUUUUAAAGGAUGUUAUACCAACUAUUCAGAGGAACUCAUGCUUAAAAUAAUUAGGAAAAAUCUAUCCUCUUAUAGUUUCACUAAUAAAUAUUUGAAAUCUGUCAGUGUGACAUAAAAGGAUGUCGAAUCGUGGUUACUCUUGAUAGUCAUUUUGGGAACAGUAAAUUCUUUAAAAACAAGUGAUCUGCAUGUGCAAUAUCCAGGAAAGUGAGCAUCCCAAGUGUGACUGGGCAAGGAGAGGGCAGUGCCCCAGUACCCGCUCUGUGGAGUUCUGGCUCCCGUGAGCCUGUCGGUGUCGGCUAAGCUGAAGCAGAGCCGUUAUUCUUGUAAAUUCAGUGCUCAGACGACGCACGCAUGCGGCUUAUAGCAGUGUAUGAGGGAUACAGAAAACUCCCAGAAAGUUUUCAUCAAAGCAAUUUCAAUUGUCCAGAGAGUAUCUCACCAUUAGCACAUGCCAGGUCAGUUCAGCUCACGGCCACCGCGGGGCUGGUCUCUGGAGCAGGUGUGCAGGUGUUACCAGGAGCUCGGGUCGAGGGGGUGUGAGCUGUGAGGACCUAGUCUAAGCAUAAUUUCCUACACGAAAACUUUGGAAAGUUUUUUUUGAAAGAUCUAAAUAAGAACUUUCGUUAGGCUGUGUAGUCUCAAAAGAACUAUUUAAAACUCUUGAAAAUUCAUGUAAAUAAAAAUAUUGUGGAAAUUUUCUUUGUUAAAAUAUCUUAAUUUAAAAGUACCUGAUUUCCUGGAGAAUUUUAUUAUUUAAAAGUAUAGUAGUUGUAAAAAGGAAAUAGUGAUGUAAAUAAAU